AACAUGAAAUUCUUCGUAGCUCUCGUUGCUUUGGUGGGUGUGGCCGUGGCCAGCCCUGCACGCUUCUUGCACGAUGGUCAGCUCUCUGCCAUCCUCGAGGCCAUCCAGAGCCCCCUGACUGACCCCGCCACCGCCGCUCUCCUUGAACAACAGCUGCAGGAGCUCCUUGCCGUCGACCCCAUCGUCGUUGGACCCGGUGUCAUUGAAUUCCCCGAGCUUCCUCCUUCCCCCGAACCCAUUGUUAUCCCCCCUCCCGUUGUUGACCCUCCCACCGUCAUCACUCCUCCCAUCGUCAAUCCUCCAGUAGUCGUCCUCCCCCCCGUCCCUGAACCCAUCCCUCAGCCCGCCCCUGAAGCUCAACCUGAGGCUAGCAGCGCUCCUCUCGUUCAACUGAUCUUGAACAUCAACCAGGCUUAAGAACAUACAAGUUUUGUUGUUCUUGAUGAGGUGACAGUCGCUGUCACCCCAUAUUAUCCCGGAUAUCAACAUUAUGUAACAAAAUGGUACAUAACGUGCCUUAAAAAAUAUAAACGUGUCAAUAGAUAAACAUUUCAUAGUCAAAUAUCUAAUUUGAUUGUGUUUUCAAUAUUGUAUUACAUGCUCAA